CUUUUUUUUCCUUGAAGGUUCAAUUUCAUCUGCAUACAACACAAGCAUAAUGUCAGCUUCGCCUGCACUCCGUGAGAGUUCCUCAACGUCAAAGCAGCGAGUUAGUAAAGCUUGCGAUCAUUGCAGACGUAAAAAGGUGAAGUGUGACGAAGCAAAUCCUAUUUGUACAAACUGUAAAGCCUUAGAGCUAGAAUGUACUUUUGAAGUUGUGUCCAAAAAGCGCGGACCACCCAAAGGUUACAUAGAAGCCAUUGAAAAUCGCUUAUAUAAAUUAGAAAACUUUCUAGCAGAGUUAGCGAAAGGGGGAGAUGCCUUAUCCGAAGAUCUACUGAAAGAAUUGAAUGCGCCAUUAAAAACACCCACUGGAAAUAAAAUACACACACGACCAACCAGAAGAGCUCCUCGUUCGGAUAAGAACAAAGUUUUCUUUUGGCAACAAGAUCAGGCUGGUAAACGUAAACGAGAAGCUUUAAAAGAGGAGCAACGCCAAUAUAAUAGCAGUAAAUCAGAUUUCUUGCAAGUCUCCCUGAACGACCGAUACGACAAUCUUGAUGUAGCAGCAGCGACAGACCCAUGCUUCUAUGACGAGGAGGAUGAGAGCAAGGAGCAACAACGGUGCCGCUCAAAGAAGCAAAAAACCAAGAAUUAUGGAACAGCAGCGGCCAUUGGACAGUUAUCAAUGGAUGAAAGUGGCCAUGUACGAUAUCUAGGAAAAUCAUCGGGUUAUUACCUUUUGCAAAACAGUAAAAUGUAUCAAAAUGGUGCGUUUCAUUUUGCAAACUAUGGAAAAAAGCGGUCUUCACACCUCCAAUGUCAAAAGACUGCCACAGAUCCACGUGUUUUGCCACCGAAAGAUUUAUCUGAGCAUUUAAUUCAACUUUACUUUAAGCAUUUUUAUCCUUUUUUACCACUAUUUUAUAAACAGCAAAUCAGUACUACAAAUGCUGCUGACAAUGAAUCAGUGUCAACUACUCCACCACUUUUACUCAAUGCCAUUUACGCUGUUGCUGCACGAAUUUCUCCUGAUAUAAGAGUGAGAUCAAAUUCUGAAUGUUCAAAUACAGCAGGUGAUGUAUUUUUUGAGAGAGCCGAAAAAUUAUUAGAUGAAUCCUAUGAUACACCCAGUAUAUCUACUGUACAAGCGUUGAUAUUAUUGUCUAUCCAUCAACACGGUGUAAUGCGAACCGCCAGAGCAUGGCUUUACAGUGGCAUAGCGUUCCGUAUGGCACAAGAUCUAGGAUUACAUAGAAAUUGCGACACAUGGAACAUAUCACCUGAAGAACGAGAAACGAGAAAGAGAGUAUUUUGGUGCUGUUAUAUCGUUGACAGAUUGGCCAGCGCUAUGUAUGGGCGUGCAUUCACCGUUGAGGAACGAGAUUGCGAUGUACCGUUUCCUUCAAUAGACGAUGAGGAGCCUAUUGAAGUUGUAACAGCUUCCGAACAUAGUAAUACGGACAUUAGACUCUUAGACGUUUUUCAAAACCUCAUUAAGAUUGCUGAUAUUCUAGGACACGUUUUAAAAAAUGUCUAUUAUGUUCGUUCAUUGCAGAAUACCAAUGAUCGACAUUUGGAUUCAAUUCUGACGACUUGGAAUAGAAAAUUGCACCAAUGGUACGAUCGUUUACCGAAUUCUCUGCAAUUACUUCUCAGUGAUAAGGAACACGAUACCCGCCUCCUGCUUUCACCUGUUGUCAUUAGCCAGUUACAUAUGAUAUAUCACACCACCAUGAUUUUGCUGCAUCGACCUUUUAUACCAGGCCCCGACCAGAGCCUUAUACCCACUACUACAAUGCUACCAUGUUCCUCCAUUUGCAACUUAUCAGCGGAUUCUAUCGUAAAUAUUAUCGAUGAUAUGCAUGCGUCGAAAAAACUCCGUUACUUGAUGAAUUUUUCUGUUUACUAUAUAUUUACAGCAGCUGUUGUUUUUAUUCAAGAAGUAUCGUUUGACAGCAAAAAUAACUCGAAUCAGCAACAGCCAUUUUCAAAGAAGAAUGCUUAUUGUCAAUGGAAAGUGAAGAAAUGUAUGCUUGCUUUAGAUGAAAUUGAAUCGACGUGGCCAACUGCUAGCAAGAGACGUCAAAUAUUAGCAGAGUUAUCUGGUUUAUAUGCAACCGACAACGGUAGCCAUCAACAAGUGCGUGAAUUAAAUAUGCGAUUACCUACGGAUUUUGAUAGAACAGCAUCACCAGUAUCUCAACAUCAAUAUUCAUCACCACGGCAGUUACAAGCAGAUGCAUUAGCGCUUCCAAAUUCUGCGUCGAUCAGCUUACCAUCAUCAGAGCAGCAACAACCAUCAUCUCCUUCCUCGCCUCAACCGCCUUACCAACAACAAAUUAACGACAUAAGCCAUAACGUUCCAUUUCAUGUGGUUCGAACCGAACGAACCAUUGAUCUUCGUUAUAGACUUUUACAACAACAGCAACAACAACAAUCACCUGUAAUAGCAACGCCACCAACAACUCAUUUCGGUAUGGAGUUGGUUAUUCCUGAUCCAUUUGAAGUGUCCAAGGGUACAGCAGAUCAUGCCAUGGACCCAUUUGCCGCACCCGGAAUUAUACCUGUACCUUCUCGUCAACGACAGCAACAACAGCUCGAGGCUUUUGAUCCUUUGGCAACCGCUCUAUGGGGUAUGCCUGAUAAUGUUAACGGCAGUAAUACAAUAAAGACAAGUGGUACGCUUGAAGAAAAUGAUUGGGGGACAUUUAUGGCAUCCAACAUGCAGCAACAGCAACAACAAGCACAGACACCUUUUUGCAAAGUAUUUAAUAAUGAUAGUUAUUACGCUAGCCAUAAUAGUACGUCAAUGUUAGUGGAUAAGCAACAAACGCAGCACCAGAUAUCUUUUAGAGAAACAAACAUAACCACUGCCAGCAAUCCUCUAACUUUUGUACAUAUUAAUAACUACGAUAACAAUAACAAUUUAAUACAUCAACAUUUCGAUCGACGGAAGCAAAUGAAUAAUCGAGCUGAAAAGACUUCUGCCGCAUUAUCAACCACUACGGAUAUAUCCAACGCGUAUUAUUGGUAAAUUAACUGAAGAUUAGUCAUAAAAAAUACACAUGUAUGUAUAGUAUUGCUCAACAUCGCACCAAGCAUUCAUUUAAGACAUAUCUAAUACAUAAUACUGUACAUAACAAAUAAU